UUACCGUUUCGUCUCGGUUCUUUUGCGGAAGUGGGCGUGAAGAACUGCCACAUUCAGAACCAUCAUAGCACCGCAUACCUUUCGUAAUUAAUCACUGCUGCACAUUUACUUCGGAUUUAAAUAUAUGUAGAUCAUCAUUAUUGGUCGACGACAUACAACUUUUAACAGCCCUUGGAAAUAUGAGCCAAACGACAGAGUCUUCAGCCGAUGCUGCUGUGACUGAAGCUCCAGUUCCCCAAUCUGAGAUCAAGCAGUCAACUGCUGGAAAGAAACAAAACAAAAAGAAAGUUGAAGAAGUGGUGGAGGAAGAAGAAGAGGAGUAUGUUGUGGAGAAAGUCUUGGAUCGGCGUGUGGUGAAGGGAAGAGUCGAAUACCUCCUCAAAUGGAAAGGCUUUACUGAUGAGGACAAUACAUGGGAACCAGAAGACAACCUGGACUGUCCUGACCUCAUAGCAGAAUACCUUCAGUCCCAGAAAACUGCCGAAUCUGGAGGCAAGAGGCGGGCCGAGACGGACGGAGAUGGAAAAGAAUCGAAAAGGCGCAAGGAUGAGCCUGAGAAACUCAGAGGUUUUGCACGUGGUUUGGAUCCUGAGAGGAUUAUUGGUGCUACAGACUCAAGUGGAGAGCUCAUGUUCCUCAUGAAAUGGAAAAACUCUGAUGAAGCUGAUCUUGUACCAGCCAAGGAGGCGAAUGUAAAGUGCCCGCAAGUGGUCAUUUCCUUUUAUGAGGAACGCCUCACUUGGCAUUCAUAUCCUACUGAAGAGGAAGAUAAAAAAGAUGAUAAAAACUAAAAUGUAAGGGACAGUUUUAAAUUGUGGCCAUUGAAAUGUGUAUUUGAUUUGUUUUCUUGUUAUCAGAUACAAGUUUUGAGGUCAAGAACUCACACAACAGUAUGAGCUGUAAUCUACAUAGGUUUUAGUAUAUUUUUUAGUUUUGGCACCAUUGUCAUAUUUAAAGCAAGUAGAACACUGCUGUUUCAGUGUGCUUAACAAAUGACAUAAAUAUAUAUAUAUAUAUAUAUAUAUA